AGCCUGUCUGAAUGCAAACCAGAUCCGAUGAGCAACAAGAACGACGACAGCUGAACUCAACAGAGUAGAAAGACGGCGGUCCCACACAGACUUGCACAGUUCAGUCAUUCAUUUGAAGGGUGCCUUCGGACAAAACCGUUUGCUGUUCACGCUCAGCGUCGAAAAACUUAGAGAACUCGGUGGUCCAAUCCACUCUCUCAUACUGUCUCAGUGGCUGCUUGAUAUGAUGAGGACUGGCUGGCACCUCCUUGCUGCAGGGCUGUACUCAAUGCUGUCCCAGGUAGUUCUGGUCCGAGGCUGUAUGGACUCCUGUAAGGAAUGCUCAGGGCCUCAGAAUGACCUGUGUCUGGAGUGCAGAACAGGCUGGACCCUCCAUGACAACACAUGUGUAGACAUAGAUGAGUGUGGCACAGAGCUGGGCCAGUGUCCCCCCAACACCUACUGCUUCAACACAGAGGGCAACUAUCAGUGCAAAGGCUGUGACCAGGCCUGUGUAGGCUGUAUGGGUGCUGGGCCAGUUCGCUGCAGGAAGUGUGCUGCUGGCUACAGACUAACCGGAGCAAAGUGUUUAGAUAUAGAUGAAUGCAGUGAGCGGGUUCUGGCGUGUUCAGGGCUGGAUGAGAUCUGUACCAAUUUGGAUGGAUCUUUCCACUGUGACUGUGCUGAAGGCUUCACACGCAAAAACAACGUCUGUGUGCAGAAAAAGCUACCCAGUGGUGUGGGUGAGAAGGGUCUGUUUGAGGACGUCCAGGAUGAAGAGGUGGAGGUUCUACAGCAGAUGUUCUUUGGGGUGCUGCUCUGUGCUCUGGCCACCCUGGCUGCUAAAGGAGACAUGGUCUUCACCUCCAUCUUCAUGGGUGGAGUGGCGGCCAUGGCUGGAUACUGGCUCAUAGACAGGGGAGACCACGUAUUGGACAGCUUUCUGAAGGGACGCUAGAACUACACUUCUAUCAAGGACAUAACCUGUUGGUAUGCACAGUGAUAUAGCAAACUGUCAACGAAAAGUAAGGAACUCCUUCAAGACUGUUGGAAAAGCAUUCCUCAUGAAGCUGGUCGAGAGAAUGCCAAGAGUGUGCAAAGCUGUCAUCAAGGCAAAGUGUGGCUACUUUGAAGAAUCUCAAAUAUAAAAUAUAUUUUGAUUUGUUUAACACUUUUUUGGUUACUACAUAAUUCCAAAUGUGUUAUUUCAUAGUUUUGAUGUCUUCACUAUUAUUUUACAAUGUAGAAAAUAGUACAAAUAAAGAAAAAAUCUGGAAUGAG